GGGGAGUGCAGAAUUCCACACCGGCCGCAGUAGAUGAUCUCAAUAUUGAUAGCGAGAGGUGUAGCGACGCUACAACGCUCCUCCGAGACGCCUUUGGAAAUACUAUUAGGAUGUAACGCAACGGGAUCGGGAUCAUUUUGCAUCUAAACAGAAACGUCACGCGCAUACAAACAUACAUACAUUCAGUAGUGAUGCGUUUGCGUCCAUCUCGAUGAUGCGACGCGAACGCGAGUCGCGCUGAUACUGAAGUGGAUACAAAUGUUGUGGUGAAUAUAUUAUUAUAUCAUCGCGUAUGUCGUUUAGAGAUGCGCGUCAUCAGUCCUGCUGGAUGAGGUGUCCUGGUCACGAGCGCAAUGGUUCUAGUUCAUGAAUCCGCCCUGGUGGGGUUCGAACCUGCAACCUUCGGGUCAGCCGCCUCAGGUGUUUGAGCAGUAGGGCGCAGCGGCAGUCAUGUUGCCCGGGGUGGGUGUGUUCGGCACCAGUCUCACGACUCGGGUCAUCAUCCCUCUGCUGAAGAACGAGGGCUUCUCGGUGAAGGCGCUAUGGGGUCGCACGCAGGAGGAGGCGGAGGAGCUCGCGCGCGAGAUGAACGUGCCCUUCUACACUAACCGGAUCGAUGACGUGUUGCUGCAUCAUGAUGUGGAUCUGGUGUGUAUCAACCUGCCGCCGCCGCUCACGAAACAGAUCGCCGUCAAGACGCUCGGUAUUGGAAAAAAUGUCAUAUGCGACCGGGCCGCGACACCGCUGGAUGCCUUCCGCAUGAUGUCAGCAGCCCAGUACUACCCUAAACUGCUCAGCAUAAUGGGUAACGUGCUGCGCUUCCUUCCAGCAUUUGUUCGCAUGAAGGAGCUUGUGGAAGAAGGUUACGUCGGGGAACUCUUGGUCUGUGAGGCGCAAGUGCACGGCGGCAGCCUUCUCGGCAAGAAGUACAACUGGAGCUGCGAUGACCUCAUGGGUGGCGGUGGACUCCACUCGGUGGGCAGCUACAUCAUUGACCUGCUCACGUUUCUGACCAGCCGGCGAGCGAUGAAGGUCCAUGGCUUCCUCAAGACUUUCGUCAAGCAGACCGACCACAUCCGAGGUAUUCGUCAAAUCACCAGCGACGACUUCUGCACCUUUCAGAUGGUGCUAGAGGGUGGCGCUUGCUGCACUGUUACGCUUAACUUCAAUGUUCCUGGUGAGUUCCGUCAAGAGGUGGUGGUCGUGGGCACGGCCGGCAGGUUGACUGUGAGUGGGACGGACUUGUACGGACAGAAGAACGAAGGCGAAGGUGGACAGGAGCUCUUGCUGAAAGACAACACCCCUAUGGGGAACGCAUCCUUACCUGACAAGGCAUUCCGAGACAUUCCGUCACCUUACCUUACCGGCACCAUCUGCAUGGUUCAGGCAGUACGGCAGGCAUUCCAAGACCAAGAUGACCGUCGUACCUGGGACGGUCGGCCGCUCACAAUGGCUGCUACCUUUGAGGAUUGUCUAUAUGCACUUUGUGUCGUGGACACGAUCAAGAAGUCCAAUCAAUGUGGAGAGUGGCAGAACAUUGUCGUGAUGACGGAAGAACCGGAGGUCAACCCCGCCUACCUGAUCAGUGAGGCCAUGCGUCGCAGCAGAGUGUCGCUGUACAGCUAAUGCAACUCGUAAGAUUAGGGUAAAGUUGAGAUUGGUUGUAGUGAAGCGUUUGUACUGUAAGCAAACAGAAAUAGUCGCUCUCACAUGGAUUAUAAUUCCGAACACAAUUUCUUGCAGAUUCUCGUUGGAUUUACCAGUUUUAGAGUCUGGAUUCUGUACAUUCUGUUUUCCUAGGAAAACCACACCUUGAAGACAUGCAACAAGUGGAGCCUCACGCUGUUCUCCGCUGCAUGCGCCGUACUGAGAGCGAGAACCACAUUAUAGUGACCACGAGGAGGUUAACCUGACUCCAGUCUGGUGUCCUAUGCAACCAAUUGUCCCAGUUGCUAGGGUGGGUAGAGUCACAUGGGGUAACCUCCUCGUGGUCACUAUAAUGUGGAUCUCGCUCUCGGUGGGGCAAGUGGAGAGUUGUGCGUGGAUGCUAUGGAUAAUAACGUGAGCCUCCACUCGCGCUAGGUCUCUGUGGCAACGCACUCAACAAGCCAUGUGAAAAGAUGUGUGGAUUGACAGUCUCAGACGCGGAGGCAACUGAGAUUCAUCCUCCGCCUACUGGAUUGAGGCGAGUCACUAUGCCACCACAACGACUUAGAGCACAUUGGGGAGAAAAGGGGAGAAAAUCCCCCAAAUAAAGAAAGUUAAAUUGUCACCAGAUGGGCUUGACUGCAUCUCUCCUGUGUUUUUGUAAUGCAUAUUUGUGUGUUGCCAAUUGGUUAAAACGUCAGUUGCUUGGCUGCUAGUCCUACUACAGAUCAAGUCGUCAAGUAAGCAAUAAAUCUGCCUAGAUAUGCUGUCAAAGCCAUUAUGACUGUUUGUACUUUGAGGUUGGCACAAAAACAAACCAUGCUAAUACAAUCCUGCUCUUCUGUCUGGCUUUGGUGCAAAGGUACCAAUGGGAUGUUAAGGUCAGCUUCAUGUGUCUGUUUGUGUUUGCAUGCUAGAGCAAAAGCAUUUAAUGUAAUAGUGUGGACGUGGACUCUAGCCGUCAACCAAUGACUGGAACUGCAUGAGAUCUGCACUGACACUGUAAAGAGACUGUGUAUUUUAUGUAUUAUGAGGUAGACUUGGGGCAAAAUGCUGCAAGAAUAUCAAAUGUUUCAGUAUCGGUCAAACCACAUAUUAGAAAAUGUAUUGUAGCAAGUAUUUGUCUUGUCAGUCCAUUUGACAACCGUUUGAUUGCCCUUCAUUUUCCACCUGAACGAUUCUGAGUUCUGAUUCUGAGCCUAAUAUGGCACGUGUGAGUCUUUUAUGAGGUUGGCAUAUCUAUGUGGUUCUAGACCACAUGCCAUUGUUGUUCUCAACUGGUUUUGCUUCAGGACCCAGAUAUUAUGUUGGAGAUCAAUUGGUGACCCAAAACAGUACCCAAAAUUUUUUAUUUUACAAAAGUAAACAAAUAUAAUAUUAACUAAUAGUAAUAUUACCAUGAACUGCAUAUACCCAUAUAUGCAACAUUUUUAACAUAACAUAUAGACUGAAUAGAAAAUGUGACAAUUUGUAAAUCCAUAACAACAGAACUGUGAUUUACCAUUUAUUUAAUGUAAGUUGUAUUGUAUUUAACUCCUUAAAUAGUUUUGCUCUUGGUUUUCAUGUUAAUGACCGAUGAAUUUGCACCAAAAUACUGUAGACUGAUUGGAUGCAUAGUUUGUUGCGUCAACAAUUAAAGCUAUGGUAAGCAUUUUGACAAGCCAGUCUAAGGUUAAUUGCAUUUUAAUAUUUAGCUUUUUUUCCCCGCUGUUGGCAACCGCAGUUCAGAACAGCUGCUUUAGACAGUUUCAGAGGUUGUGCAUCUUUGAGGGUUAGCCUAUGUUUGAUAAUUGUUAAACCUGAGAAUAUAUACCAAAAUAUUUGCUAAAGGGUGCUAGACUGUCAUAUGAACAUUUGUCCAUCCAUCACUCCAAUUGCAUUUAAUGGUGCAUUCAUGUCAUGUCUGAAUUACAAUAAUUGCAAGAUUUUUACUAAUAAAAUCUUCAUUAGUUAACAUCUUAGUAGAACCCGUAUUCAUUCUAUGAAAGCUCAGACUUAUCCGUCAUAACGUCACGCUAAAAGAAGCAAAAUGGCAGCAGCCUCAACAUAUAAAGGUAGCUUAACCCUCCUAUUCUGAUUAAAAAGAACCGCUUACUUUGCUGCUUGUGGUUAUUUUUACAGGUGUAACUUUCUUUUUUAUAAAUGAUCAAAUUGAUUCUUACCUGAAGUAAAAACAAUACAAUUCCGCACCUGUUUUGGGAUUUUAUUAACUUAUUUACAUAUACAUUUAUCGAUUUCCCCAUUCUUAUGUAACGUUGUGACAGUAAAAACCUACACUUCUAUAAGUUUAAACAUGAAGAACAUGAGCGAAUGUGUCAUGUAAUGAUGCUGCCAUCUGGUGAAAAAAUAAAAAUAGUAUGACUUGAAAUGAUGUCAUGACAGUAAUAGCCAGUAGGUGGCUGCGGUGUUCUUUGCAGCCACCUACUGUGUAGUAAUUCUAAAUGUUUAGCACUAUUUUUUAUAGGCUCACCCCUUCAUUUCUGUGUCUGUUCUGCAUUGAGGCUGAUUUAUAUAUAUUAUGUGACAAAAAAAAAAACAAUUGUUCUGUUUUUCUAAUUUAUUUCAUAUGGUCGGUCAAUUUUGACCACGAACAGCGAAAGUGUUGCUUUUUUUUUUACGCCCACUUACGUAUAUUGAAUUAAGUAAUUUGUUGUGUGUAGAUGGCAAGUGGAGAAAAAGUCAAAAUAUUGUACUGCUCAGAUAAAGAGAACCAUUUUUAUUACAUUGGAUUUACAAUGUGAUUUUGGUAAAAAAUGACAGAACAGAAUAGGAAGGUUAAAUACAUGUCAGUUUGAUAUAAUGUUUUAUUGUAUUCACUGUUACCUGAUUGCUGUCUUGUUUUGUUAGAACAUAUAGAGGUGAAUUUAGGUAGUAUUAAACAUUAUGCUGUAAUCAAUAACAAAGCAACACAUGGAUCCAUUUUGGUGCUGUAGAAACAAAUAAUUUCUGUGUUCUGAGCAGGGCUGGACUGGUAAUCUGGAAUACCGGGCAAUUUUCCGGUGGGCCGGCGCACUUUGGGGCUGUUCAGGGGUGGACUGUCCAUUGGGAGAACCGAGCGGGCCGGUGCGUUGGUCGCGAAAUGGGGCGAAUGUGCCAGCGAUAAGCUAAUGAGCCACCGCGUUAUGCAGAACAGACCACAAAACGGCGCCGCAAUAUGCUGAAAAGGACAGCGAACACCACACCCCUACAACCCGCUCAACAACUUUUGGGCCAGUGGCUAUGUUAAAUCCCGGGCCGAUUUCUCUUCCCAGUCCAACCCUGGUUCUGAGGAUGUCCGGGUAGAAUCUCUGAAGUGUCAUUUCAUAAUUACAGUAAUUCCGACUUGACAUGAAUGCACCAUAAAUAACGAUUGACCUGCAAGAAAAAAUUAUUUGAAUUUAUUUCCGAUCAGAAUUCUUAAGCUCAAUUUGGCAUCAUAGGUUAAUUAUGUCAACUUGCAUUUGUUCAAUAUAUAUACAAUUAAAGGUUUUCAGGUGUCGUAUGUGCUUGUAGAAAUCACUGUGGGACUGUUCACUGUAUAGCAGCCUUAUGACAAAAGACUGGAGUUAAUUGCUUCAUAGGUUUAUUAUUUUGAUAUUUUCCAAUCAAAUGUGGCUGUAUUUGAUUUCUUUGCUGCCUGCGAAAAUACCUGCUGUACAUGACUGGAGACAUGCUCUAUGUAGUGUGUGGAUGUAUUUAUAUUUGAUCCUGAAUGUUUCAUAUCAGAUCAGGAAGUGUUUGUAUUGUGAAACAGGAAAUAAGAGGCCUUUAAGUGUACAUCAGUGUAUUAAUAUUGUCAUAAUAACACUUAAAGGUACUUGAAGCUCAAUAAUGGUGAUGAGGAAAAUGCUGUAAGAUCCGUCUUGAGUUUUGGUCCUUGUCUUGAGAGAUGCUGUUAUCCCAAAUUUACGAACUGGAGUCAUGGUGCCAACUACUGUAUGUUUUCAGCACCUGUUUUGAACAAAACUCAACAAUACUUGUGAAAAAAACAUGUUACAACUGGAUAUGUUUAAAUGUAUGAUUGCACUCUUUGUAUGUGAAUAUCUAUAUACUCUUCCUGUUGGGCAGCAUGUGCAAAUACACUCAUUGGAAAGAUGAUCUGGGAUUCAGUGGUAAAAUGGUGUUUGUGGUGGUCUGGAUUUAACAUGGCUUUGAUGGAGGUUGGACGGUUCAAGCACAAAUCUGUCUUUUUUUGUCUAGAGAAAACCUGACAAGUCAUUAAAGGAAUAUCCGGGUUCAAUAUCAUCAAUAUUAGUGGUCGACCGAUUUAUUUUUUUUUUUAAUGGCCGAUGCCGAUAUCUAGAGAAUGUCUGGAAGGCCGAUACAAUGCUGAUAUAUCACACAAUUUAAUAUAGUAAAUAACAGACAUGGGGACUUGUGACUUGGACUCGAGUCGCUAUUUUUAUGACUUGUGACUUGGUGACUUGGACUCGAGUCGACUCGAGUCGCUAUUUUUAUGACUUGUGACUUGACUUGACAAAAAAUAAAAUACUUGAGACUUGACUCGGACUUGGAAGUUAAAGACUCGGGACUUGACUUGACUUGAGACACGAAGACUUGAAUGACUUGAGUGUUAAUCACAUCAUGUUUUCAGUUUGAAUAUAAAAUAUAUAAAUUAUUUAAAAAAAUAAAGUUGAUCCAGCUGGAGCGCAGGCUGAGAAUAGUUUUGUCAUGACUGGAUCACGACACUAUAGGCUAUCAUCAGCCAUGCCCUCUCGUACCUUACGCACACCACGCCCACUUA